GGCACCCUUGAUGGGGUCCCCAGCCAGCCAAACCUGCAAGACGCCAGAUGCAAAACCCGGACUGCCAGUUCUCAAAGCCUGGAACAUGCUGGGAAACAGGGCCACUCGGACUGCUCGAGGCUGGUGAGGCUGUGAGGGACUGGCUGAAAGGCCCUGUCGCUUUUGAUACCCCCCUGUCCCCUCUGUCCAUCUCCGCCUUUCUUCCGAACCACUCCUUACACAGAACCGCAGAAUUCAGUUGCGCAUCAAUCCAACUGUCAACUUCCACUUCGGCUGGCCCUGUCCUUCGUUCAACAAGUCACUGUUUCCUCGCGCUGCCAGGGGACAGGAGUCGCGAAAUCGGCCCUUGUUCCUGCGUCCUGAGUCUCUCCGAACCAUCUAUAUCUCUUGAUGCCUCUCGGAUUUCCGACAUUCGCUAUCACUCCACGUCGACGAUCGACCUGGGAAACGUGGACAGCAGGGGGCAACUCGCCAGCUUUAAUCGCUCGCCUUUCGCUAUCAUGAGGGAUUGAAGGGUCCAUCGUCGAAUGUUUUAUCGCACAGUCGUUCGUUCUCAUACAGCCUCGGACCCAACGCUCGCUUGAAACCUGGGGGGGCGACGCAAGAGCAGGGCAGACAAUUCUCCGAAGACGAGAUGUAUACCCUGUGGACGCUCGUUUGUCUAUCCGUUGCGCUGUCAGAUGCGCUCAAUCUGAAUCUGAAUUUGGCCCUGAGCUUGGACAAGAAGACGCCCCUCAGGUUCAUGCGCAGAGACCUCGUUUAUUCCAACACCUCGUCGUCCCAGUUAGACCUCGCCUCCGAGGUCACCACGAUCACUUCGUCCAGUACAACAUCUAUUCCGGUUCUUGGUGAGACGGCCUCGUCCACUAUAUCGACAAUCGCUUCAUCUAGUUCUACAUCGGCUUCCACCGACGCCGACACGAGUCCGAGCCUCGCGACAAUCGCGCCGUUCAGCCUUCCACCAAUCCUUCCUCCCACUGGUAACAGUAUCAGCACCUCCACAAUCGUUACGAUCAAUCCUCCGCCGAUUCUAGAAUCCCCGAACUCAAGCCCCAGCUUAACGACAAUCGCUACACUCAACCCUCCGCCGAUUUUCGGUCCAGUCGCUUCGAACCCUACAUCGGUCACCACGUCUACCAACACAUCAUCUAUUUCUUCCUCCAGCAACAUUGUCACCCCUACCAAUGGACCUACGCCUCCCAUUCUCAAGACUCCUCCACCACUGCCAUCAAUCACACGUCCUUUCACGAACGUCACCCUGAGUUUCAAUCUCUCCGCCCCCACGAACGCCUCAACGACGUCCCCGACUUGCACCGGCUCAAUCACCUACUUCGGAUCCGUUCCACCCACCGUCUACGUCACGGUGACUGAGGGAUUCGACGUGACGGUGACAGCCAGCAAUGAGUCCGUGACAGAGCCACCAACCUUGAUCACUCCCUUGCCCGCCUGUGAAGCGACGAUCAUGCCCUUCGCGGCGUCAUAUGCCACAUACGCAAGUGCCAGCGGUCAAGGCGUGACUCAGACCGAUUCGGAUGUUCCUCAGUUUGGUACCAACAAUCCACUCAUUGCUCCCGCACCUUCCUCUCAGCCUGGUGAAUCGCCUGCUAUCGCGACCGCUGCCCCACCGGCGGCGUCAUCUGCCUCUGCUGUCUACUCCAGCGUUGACUAUACCAGUACUGUGGUCGUCACGAAAAAGACACCAGUGCCCGUGGUGGUCCCACCCACUACUUCUAUCGACAUCAACUUCAAUUUCCCCUCCCAGAGUCCGACCCCUCCUCCCAGUAGCGGAGGAGGCAGCGGUAACGGCAAUAGCAAUAAUGGUGGAAAUGGCAGUAGUGGUGGGGGUAACACUGGCAACAAUAGUGGCGGCGGUGGAAACAACAACGCUCCAGCAACUCCAGCAACUCCAGCAACUAGCAAUGGAGGAGGCAGUUUCCCUUCAAUCACCAUCCAGGGUCCAACUGGCGGUAGUUUGACGGUUGGGGCCCCAAAGACCACAGGACUGGGCAAUAUCAUUGCUUCCAUCAUCAACUCGCCCUUUGCGACCGCCUCGCCGACCGGUCAUGCUUCUGGAGCUGCCCCUCUGACCACCACAGUUAACGGUGUCCCGAUCAUAGUACAGCCCUCCAGUGUCGUGAUUGGGGGCCAGACCGUGGCGAUUCCCAACCUGGUCCCUACCACCGUGCAAGCCUCUGGUGCUGUGUUCACCGUGAAGCCGUCCGAGAUCAUAGCUCCUUCAACGACCAUAACGAUAUCGCAGCUUCAGCAUGAGCAGACCAUUACGCCAGUUCCUACGGCUACGAUUACGACCGCGAUUGGCGACCUCACCCUCACCGUCGGACCCACGGUCGCGAUCAUCUCUGGAACAACCUACAGAAUCGGACAGGGUGCACCAGCCACGACGGUCAUCGUUGAUGGAACAAGAAUCUCUAUCGGCUCUGCUGGCGUUGGAUUACCCAGCACUACUGUGGCGCCUGGAGGCGCGACGCCCUUCGUUGUCUAUACUGUGGAGGGCUUGACCUUCUCAGUCGAUGGCACUGAGGCUAUUGUUGGCGGCACCACGUAUCGCAUCGGAUCGAAUGCUCCCCAGCUCACCACCACCAUUGGGCCUCAACAUGUAUCGGUUUCGCUCGGGCCGGGUGGCGUUGGCCUGGCCAGCACGACGUUGGCGCCUGGUGGACCGCCCAGCUCUCCCUUUGUCGUAUACACCGCCGAUGGCUUGACCUUCUCGGUCGAUGGCACUGAGGCCAUUGUCGGUGGCACGACAUACCGCAUUGGAUCCAACGCACCCCAGGUGACGACAACCAUUGGCUCCGGACAUGUGUCGGUGUCCUUUGGUCCGGGUGGAAUCGGCCUUGACUCGACCACGAUUGUUCCCACAACAGCGUCGUCACCCAAAACUCAGGCUUCGAAGACUAGUUCAAAAUCUGCAUCUGCAACUGCAUCUCCGACACAGUCCGUGGCAGUCGCCAGCGCGGCAUCAUCUCGGACGUGUCUGCCGGUCGUUCUGCGAUGCUGUCUGUUCGUUCUGUCUUUGGGAUGGCUUGUUCUUUGAACACUCGAAAUGAACCGAUACGAUGGAGUUUUAAAUGUUUGACAUAUUGGGAAGGGAAAUGUCUAGUCUAAUGAUGACUGAUUUGCUGGAAAUGUUGACCUCGGACUUUGGUACGAUCAUGAUACCCGCAAUAAAUUAACGAUUUGAUUGAUUGGAGUUGCUCCAUGGGCAGAGCUCUCUCUGGAAGGAUGGGAAACAAGGAGGAUGUAUUUUGGGAAACAGAAAAUGGUAAUAGUGUCCAUGACAUGGACCGAAUGAAGGAUCAAAACCGAACCAGAUACGUAUAAUCAACGUGAAAGAUUCAAUGUCAUUUCCAUCUUCUCACUUUC